AUGUCCGAGGCUCAAGCAUCAGUUGUUCUACGCCUACUAGGCCCUCGGGUGGAUGACACUCCCUUGACUCGGACUUUCACACUUUCUAGCUCCAACCCUUCCAUCGAAAUCGGCCGCUCCUCCAAACGUGAGGGUAAGCGACGGACACCGGCCCCGGACAAUGGAUGGUUCGACUCGAGGGUGAUGUCUCGUGAUCAUGCGGAGGUCGCCUUGGACAGUGUCGUAGAGAAGUCGAUUGUUCUCCGUGAUUGUGGCUCUACCCACGGGACCUGGUUGAAUGGUUUCAGAUUGUCCUCCGAAAGAGAUAGCCCUUUGCUGAGUGGGGACGUUUUACGAUUUGGAACUGAUGUAGACCGGGGUGAUGAACAUUUUCCGGCCUUGAGUGUCUGCUUCGACGUGACCUGGUCUCUGUCUUCAAAUGAUUCUGACAGUGACCAGCUGGAGACAGAAGAAGUGAAGGAAGAUGAGAUUCUGGAGUUCCAACACAUCAAGCCGGAGCCGCCGGUACUGUCGAUGUCUGCUCCUCCAUCCGCCAACACUUUCUGUGUUCCGGAGGCGGAGGAUGAGGAUGACGACGACGACGAAGAAGAAGACGAUGAUGAUGACGAUGAUGAAGAACAAGGGAAUGAAAAUGGUGAACGAGAGGACGGCAACAUUGGAGGAACCUCCUGCUUCGUUGUGAGAGACAAUGACAAAUUCGCGCUUUCAAACAUUCGCAAUCUGGAGGGUUCCCAAACUCUGCACAUGGAUGGCAAUGCUCCGAGAUCCGAGUCACUGGACCCAACCCCCCAGGAAGAACGCCCAAUGAAAGUGUUCGUCGAGGAGCUUUUCGGAGGACAAGGAGCACGGCCAAACGACAAGGAAAGCUUGGAGGCUCAACCAGGCACCGCUUGUCCCCGCGAGCUCACCGAAGACCGAGUCGGAAAAAAUGGUCUUCAAAUUGACGAGUCGUGCUUGAUCGAUUACUCGGAAGACGAACAUGACGAAUUCGCUCCCGACUUCACGGAUGGAGAUUCAGUGCGUUCGUACACCCGAUCCGGCUCGAUGUGUCCGGGAAGUAGAUCAGAUUACGACUACAACUACAGAGCGCCCUCGCCGAUCAAAUUCGCGCAACGUGAGGAUGUCGGCUCGCACUCGAACUCCAAGAGAAAAAAGUCGCACUUGCUCGAUUACUCGGCAGAUGAAUUUUCAUCUGACGAGGAUUCAGUUGUAGAUUCCGACGACCAAUCUUCAGUGGAUCAAGGGGAUGAGGGUCCGGACUGCAUUGACCCAACUGUUUUGACUCGGGAUGCAAGCACAGCCCCCCACGCCCCUGAUCAAGUCCCUCACAUUUCCUCUUCCGGCGGCCUGGUUGUGUCGCCAUGCAUCGAGCCCUAUCGCACCGGUCAGGUGAAGCCGCCAUGGACAGAUGUAUUGCCGCCACCUGUGACGUUUCCCCUAACUCCCGUGACCCCCAAGCUCAACAUCAAACGGGAAGAUGAUGAUGAACCGAAACAUCUUGAAAGUCUUCGCAUACAUGAUUUACAGACUGCGUACCGGGAUGGACCCUUCGCCAGGGUGCACCAAGCACCGAUGAAGAAAGCUUCCGCAGAUGAGACUGCCAUUGCUGAAUGCUUUUGCUCGCGUUCUCAGAAACGCAAGGCCUCCGAGAUGGCAGUGGCGGACGAUCAAGAUGUUAAUACAAUGAUGUCGUCAGUCGGGCAGCAGGACUUGGAUCUACGCUCUCGGUCCUUGGCGGCCGAAGCGAUUAGCUCUGCUCUAUCGGAGGGCAGUGCAAGCCCGCCUCCCUCGAAACGGGCCAAAGCUCACCAUGACUCAUCAUCACACCAUAUUGGUGCCUAUGCUGCGACUGCUGUCAUUAGUGCCAUGCUCGGUGGGCUGGGCACCAUCGCCCUCCUCGCUUCGCUGCCUGCGGAGUACUUCCAGUAG